GUUGCAGAAGAGUUCAAUGUUAAUGUCGCCAAUAACGCCAAGCGAGGGGAACAGUAUUCCCACAUUUCGUCCACGCGGACGUGGUAAAAGACAGCCAAAUUCAAACGAAUCUUUCCGCAUGUUAAAAAUGGCAACAGUUGGAGGUGAAGAAAUGGAGAUGGUGGGGAGGGAAAUUUGGACUCGUACUAGUUCGGAAGCGCUUUCGCAACAAUCUUCAGUUUCUGAGCGGAUAGACACAGUAGUAGUUUCGGCUGACACACGUUCAUUACAACCAACAUCGUCUCGAAAGAAUGUGUCAGCGCUGCAAUUGUGCAUUCGCGAAUCUACACCUCCUUCUGUUUCCGAUGAUUCUUUUUCGACUCCGGAGGGUGCGGUAAGAUGUUAUGAUUCGGUACGCAAUUCAGCAAUAUCGGAUGAUUGCCAUUCGCAAACAUCGUUUAGUGAUUUAACGGACUCUGAUUUGCUAGAGGUUGAAAACCAGAGUAUUCAUCAAUCAGUGGAACAUAGGAGUAAUUCUUUUAAUCGUCGGCAGGGUAAUUCUAUUCAGUCGGCAGGACCCCCGUCAUGUCUUAUGGCACCAAAGUUACCACCAGCUUGUCAACGGGAAACGGUUAUUGUAAAAACGAACAUCUAUCCACUGGAAGUUGGAAGCCGAAUUGUGUACCGUUAUGAUGUGCGGAUGUAUACUAGCCGUGCGGAUACAUCAAAGGAACGAACCACAGACUUGUGUAGAGGCGACAGAGAUGACUCUGGAGUGACUUUACGUCAUCAGAAAUGUAUGCUAUUAAUGAGACGCGCUUUGGAAUUAUACCGCGUUUUGAAUGAGAGUGGUGCUUACUUGUAUGAUUUGUCAAGCACUUUAUUUACCAAUGAGCCACUUAAUAAAGAACUGCUCCCUCGCUUAAAAAUAUCGAUGGAGCAGUUAACGCCCAAAUUGCGUGAUCUAAUUGGUGCAUGCGACGUGUUUAUUGAGAUAACGCCGUGUGCAGAAAGUGCUCAUACUUUUAAUGUAAUCGAUUAUCGUGAUUCAGUCACGAAUGAUCUGGCUCGUCAGGAUCGCUCAUUCAGACAGUUUUUUGAAAUUCUCACAAAUAAUAGUGCUUUGCAGAAGGGAACGCACUAUGCAUUUGGUUGCGGUAAACUGUUUUUGGUGGAUGGUAAGAAGUAUAAACUUGAGGAGCAGUCUUUGAGUGAGAGUAGAACUUUGAUCACCGGUGUCGAUAAGGGAAUUCGCAUUAUUGAACGAUCGAACGGCAGUAUCAUCCCAGCACUUGUCAUUGACUUAAAAAAAGCAGCAUUCUUUGACGCAGUUCCAUUGGCGGAUAUGGUGCAGAAAGUACUGAUGAAAAAUGAUUCGUGUUCCCCUAUUCCUCCUUUGGAUGCAAAUCUUUUCAAUCAUUUUGUACGCAGAUUAAACGAUAUUAUUCGAGAUCUUCGAUUGGAACAUUCGAACUGCAUCAACAAAUCAUUUUUGGCAUCUGGUUUGUCAGACAAACCUAUCGGACAGAUUAGACUUUCUGUCGGCAAAAAUACACCACCAAUUCCAAUGUUACAAUACUACAAACAGCAAGGUUAUCGUAUCCGAGCAGAUUGGCCAGCCGUCCGCUUGAUUACGAAUUUAGGCACAUCAUAUUUCCCGAUUGAAGUAUUACGAGUUGCGCCUCAUCAAAGAGUACCACUGAGUAAGCAGACACCAUCACAAAUGAAAGAUACGAUCAAAGAAUGUGCCAUGCUUCCGCAUGCACGUUUUCGCGACAUCGCCCGAAAUUUGCAGGCACUUGAUUUAGAUGAGAAGACACAUUAUAAUCCACUUAUGGCUGCCUUUGGAGUACGAAUUAUUUCAACUCCGAUUACUGUUGAAGGCCAUCGUCGUCUUGCACCGAAAGUGCGAUAUUCCGAUGCACAAGGUCGGCCAAGUGUUGUCGAUGUCGAUGCCAAAAAUGCAAACUGGCGAAUGAAUGGGAAAGAGUACUUAGUUAGGGCACAUCUUCGCUGUUGGUUUAUAUUUUAUGAUGAAGCGAGAGAUGGAGAUAUGAUUUUGACAUUUGCAAAAACUUUGGUUCGUGAAUGUUACAAAAAAGGCAUACAGAUGGUGGAUCCUGUCAUUAAAAAUGUGCAGUUUGAACAACUGGAAAAUUGUUUCAAGCAAAUUCGGGAAACUUAUCCAGAGGAACGAGCAUUUGUGAUUUAUAUCGACUCCCGUGAUGAUACUCAUGAUGAUUUAAAAUUGUAUGAAGCUCUUCACCGUAUAGUCACGCAGCAUAUACAUGGAUCGAGAGCUCGUGAAGCACCGAAAAAAAUUGCGACGUUGGAAAAUAUCGUUAACAAGUUGAACUGCAAGAAUUUCGGGCAAUGUUAUGGUAUCGUACCAGAAUCAUUUGCAACCAAUAAAUGGAUUUCAACUGGAAAAACACUUAUAAUCGGUUAUGAUGUAUGUCAUCCGGAACCCCAGCCAAAACAUGAAAGACGAAUGCGGUUACCACCUACUCAGCCAAGUGUUCUUGGAAUUAGUUUCAAUGGAGCACCCUGUCCAGAAACAUUCAUUGGUGAUUAUUCAUUCCAAGAACCUCGUAAAGAGCAAGUAACAAGCUCCAUUCUGGAGGAACGGAUUUACUGGAUUUUGAGCCUCUUUUAUGGCAGUCGUAAUGGUAUGCUUCCCGAAACUGUGAUUAUCACACGUGAUGGCGUUUCCGAGGGGCAGUUCAAAAUGGUAAUGGAAGACGAAAUUGAAGCCAUUCGUCAGGGAAUGCGUAAUUUUGGAAAAGCGGAAGCUGGGACCGAUAAUUACUCACCAAAUAUAGUAUGCAUCAUUGCUUGCAAAAGGCACAACAAGCGUUUUGCUGUUGAGAAUGGUCGCUCCCUAGAGAACUGUUUGCCGUUGACAGUGAUUGAUAGGGAUAUUACACGUCCGGAUACCACGGAAUUUUUCAUGCAGUCACAUAAAAUCAUAAAGGGUACCGGGAAGUUGCCGGCAUAUUCAAUGCCCAUCAAUGAGGCAAAUUUAACCAUGGAUGAAGCACAAUCAUUGAUGAUGGCUCUGUGCUUUACCCAUCAAAUUGUUAAUCAAGCAAUUUCAAUUCCAGAACCAAUUUAUCAGGCAGAUGAAUGGGCUAAAAGAGGGCGGAAUAACUUCAGGGCUAUGCUGCGACGUGUUGGCGGUAAAGAGCGUUUACCAACCUUGGAUGGUGGAAAAGUUGAUUGGAAUCGUGUCACACGGCGCCUUUGUUAUAUGGAUACAGAACUCGAAUUGACACGAGCCAAUGCAUAGGGAAGAAAUCGGUGUUUUUCUUUGCCUUGGACGUCAGAUUUCUCUAAAAAUUUUUCGUACCGAUAUUGAUGUUAUGAUUCUGCCUUUUAUUGUCAAUAAUGCGGUGACGUCUCCUUUAUUUCUUUUCUCAUUCCCUCAUUUUAUUACUUCAACCAUCGUUUUUAUUGAGAUUUAAGGGAUCUCUUAUAAUUUUUAAAGAGCAUUAUUAUUCUGCCAUUCAUUUUUCUUAAGGUUUUCGGAACCAAAUGUAUUAUUGCUUCUUUCUAUCUGAAAUACAAAAUGCGAUGUUUUAGUGAUGUUCCAUUAAAUGUUGUCCUUUGCUGUUAUUCUUUUUGAUAAUAAGAGCUUACGCGAAUUUAAAUUAGAAUUCUACAAAUUUCUUCUGUGCCUCUCUAUACGACUUAUUUUGCUGACACACUAGAA